UUUUCUAUACUUUUCAGUUUUGAGAAUUCUGGCUUGUCAGAUCUUCCAAAUGGAACAAGUCUCGCGAAUAUAUGUUGAAGCAAUCACUUUGACCGACUCUUCACAAUUGUUGUAUGAAGUGCUUUAAUAGUCCUUAUUUGACCAGAAAACUGGAAUAUCCUAAAAUGAUGUUUAUUUCAUAAUUAGUAAUAAUGCAGAGAAUUUUCUGCUAUGUCAAAGGACUGACAAAGCUUCAUCCUCUAUGCUAUCAGUUACAUCUGCUGCCUCGUCAAUGGAUGGACUUAACACGGUGUGACUUUUUUCUUUGGUUUUCUAGAGUAAUGCUGCAAUCACCUGUUUUAUAUGUUUGCAGAAAGAUUUGAUAAAGAAAUAGGCAGUAAGUAUGGAAUUGUGCCUGGCUCUCGUGAGAAUUCUCUUUACAAUGCUCUCUGGGUUGCACAAGCCCUUCUCCGUAAAGGAUCUGCAAAAACUGCUGAUAAACGCAUGCUCUUGUUUACAAAUGAAGAUGAUCCUUUUGGAAAUCUCAAAGGUGUCAUAAAAGUGGAUAUGAUGAGGACAACACUGCAGCGUGCCAAAGAUGCUCAAGAUCUUGGUAUUGCAAUUGAGCUUCUUCCACUAAGUCGACCAGAUGAUGAGUUCAAUGUUUCCCUUUUCUAUACUGAUUUACUUGGUUUGGAGGGUGAUGACCUUGCUCAGUUCAAGGCUCUUGUAGGAGAGAGGUAUACCUUACAAAAAUCUUCAACUGUUGAGAAUUCCUCAUGGAUAGUUGUGAGCUAUUCAAGUUUGUUAAUAUGCUUGGUAUAUGUAUGGCUAUCUCAUAUUUUAGCACUAGUCAAAUGAUGAAUCUCCAUGUAAAAGUAAAACUCUUUCUGAAGGACUUGAUAGUUAUUAACACAACCUAAUGUAAUAUGCUUAAUGAUUAUUCAUUAAAGGAGCCCAAAAGUAGAAGAGGUUGUUUCAUAAUAGUCGUGCUUUCUUUCGGUGACUGAAGUGAGGUGGUUGUUUGUUGUAAAAAUAUUUCUCUAAGUGAUCUUAUGUUCAUGAAGAACAAAUCACUUAAGUUUUCUUUUCUGCAACUUCUUAGAAUAGUCAUAGGGGUGUUCAUGUUAGAAGAACGUUAAGUUGAUUAAUUGAAAACUUUCCUUUAAAGAAUCAAAUUCCCUAACUUUAUCUAUAGAUUAAAAGAUUUAUCCUUUAAUUCAAAUUUAUUUUUAUUACGUAGUCUAAUAGAUAUUGUCUUAAAACUGCCAAGUAGCUUUUUAUUAGCUUACCACUUGGCUUAACCUCAAUGCAAACUACUCUCCUAUUUUAUAUAUAUAGAAAGAUAUAGAUAAUAGAUAUUGUUUUAAAAUUGCUUAGUGGAUUUUUAUUAGCUUGUCACUUGGCUUAACCUCAAUGCAAACUACUCUCCUAUUUGUUAUAUAUAGAUAUAGAAUCAGAUUAUUAACGUUCAGGGUUUUCUGUCUGUCCCUUCAAGAUGCAUUUCUCCUUAUGUCUAGGCAUUUAUAAAAGCAUGCAUGUAUUUUUCUAUGUAGUUUAACAUAAUAUAAUCAUAUUUUUUGAUAAGUAACACAAUGUAAUCAUAUAAUACCAUUGAAGUUUCUAAAGAUUAGAAAAUCUUUGAAUUUGUUGUAUCACUAGACCACGAUGCAGAUAGAUUUAAUCCUGAUAGAAAGCUACUAUCAUGUAAGAAAAAUAAUUGCUGAGAGACAGACAUAGAUAUAUAAGACAGACAAGAUUAUCGUCCAAUAUAAUUAGGUAGGGACAUCACAAGUCUGGUAAAUGAAAUAUGAAAGUAUAGUUACCAUGUGGUUGUUCCGUUGAGUAGCAUUUAGCAGACAUGAAUAGAUACAGAGAUAAAACUUUGAAAAUUAGAGGAAUUGACCAUGAAAAGGGCAUAAAAUUCACCAACUUGUGUAUAACGCAAGUAAAAAAGAGCAUACUACUAAAGAGAGAAUGAAGAAUGUUCAGACUAUCAGCAAAGCUCCUCUACUUCCAAUUUCAGGCUUCACUGAAGAAGGACAGGUUUCAUCUUUUUCAAUAGGUGUUGUUUACUGUACAAUGUACUUCUUUGUUAUUUGAACAGUCGUCUUGAGCAAUAGGAAGAGGUCUUUUACUGGAAGGAGAACAGAAGGGAAAUAACAUCCAUUUUGUGCCUGUAGAGAGAAAUGAGUGGUCCAGAUGGGUGAUAUGAAUGGUCAACAUAUUACUUGUUAGUUUCAUUUAUUUAUUUAUUUUCUUGAUUGAUGAAAUGAAUACUCAAAUGUGGAAAACCAAAGAACAUGAAGAUGGGAUGACCAGAUUGGUGUUUGGUGGU